UUGACUAUUGUGUACGUAGACGCCUGACUAGGCAUAGCAGAAUCUGGAUAAAUAAACAAGAUUUUGUCUUGUCGAUAUACCACUUAUGAAGUACACUAUGCCCCUUGUAGGGUGACCUACUGUGGUUAUUCCAAAGCAUCCAAUCUGACAAUGUCCAACGUACCCUGGCACGAAGAGGUGGUGAAUUUUGUACAAAGGUUUGCUGUCAUGCUCCCUAACUACGAGGUUGCUUGUGAGCAUGAACACUCAAACUGUGUUCUCAUUGCACACAAGAAGGUAUAUUAGCUAUGUUAGGUCUUUUGGCAGUGUUCUUGAUUUGUGUAAAACUCAGGUUUUGUGCAAUUCUCAGUUUAAAGUUGAUGGAAGAUGGCACACGUGGAUAGACUUUGACAAAUUCAUUGAAUUGAACAACGGCUUCAUGAAUUCUGGAAAGACACAGAAGUUCUCAGCAGUGGAUUACAUGGCAUUGACUCCAGACUGGGCCGUAUUUGGUCAUACUCAACAGGGGUUUGACCCCAGUGAGACACGUUGGCAUCGGAAGAAACCCAAGGAAGAUAAUGGAGGAUGCUAGCCUAUCUGUUUAGUGCUCAACUGCUAUAAUUGGUUAAUUAAAUCUUUCCAUGGCU